UGUGACCCCGGGGCUCCCCCCUGGGUGUUUAUCUGGGGGCCUGUGCACCGGGCUGGGCUGCCAGGGGCACCUUGUUCACUCUUGCCACCCUCCCACAAUGCACUGCUUCACCCCCUUCCCCGCCGAGCCCCUCCCGCCCCCCUGGAACCAGUGUCCGGCGGGGGGGGGCAGGGGGGGUUAAUAUUCUUGCUUCACAAGUGCUCCAGAUCCCUGGGCACAGGGUCCCCGCAGCUGAUCUGUCUGCCUGGGACGGCCACAGGAUCUGGGGCAGUGUCUCCGAACUGCUGGGCCGAGCCCACGCUGCCCCCGGAGUGGGGGGCUCCGGGAUUCUUCCAGCCCUGCGGUCUAGUGGCUGCCCCCGGGCACAACGAGUCCCUCGGUGGGGCAGGUGCUUGGUGGAGAGGUGCCCCCACGUUCCCAGCCCUGGGGAGCUGGGUCUGCCCCUCCCCAUGGCAGCUACCCCAGCGAAGAGCCUCUCACCCCCGUGCCCCCCCCACAUGCUGAUGGGCAGCAGCAGACAGACAGACAGACAGGCAGACAGACCCUCCUUCCUGGCCCCCUGCAGCCAGCAGGCCCAGGUGGGGGGCAGAGCCCCUGAGCCAUGGCCUGGAUGUGAGAGUGGCUGCUGGGCUCAUUAGUGGCAGGGUGUGAAAUGCCAUUAGCCUGGGCUGGGAGGGGCAGGCUGCUCCGGCUCCCUCGCUGUCUCCCGCCCCCUUGGCCCGGGGUGCCCAGCGCCUGCUGGCAGCCUGCAGUGCCCCUGCCCAGGCCGGGCAGGGGCACGUCCCUGGGUUGCUGGGCCCCUCCCCAGACCGUUGCGGCUUGGGCUCGGGAACUGGCUGGGAAAUCAGGGCCCGGAGUUGGGGCUGGGCCCGACGCUCCAGCAUCCCCGGGGGAUGGGGUUUGGUUCGGGUCCCGCUCUAGGAGGCACCUGCCCCCUGCGCCCCCCGGCCCAAGCCCUGCCCCUAGCCCACACUGAGUGAGGACGAGUCUCCUGCCCCAUCACUCAGGGCAGGGCCCGGCCAGGUUUGAGUAGUGUGGGAUAAUGCUUAGCACCCGGGCAUGCAGCCCGGACUCCUGGGUUCUUUUCCUCCCUGUGUGGCUUUGGACCUCUGUUCCCCACCGUGUAACAUGGGCUGCGGGCACUGCCCCUAGGAACACAUACACACAGCUGCCGGGACGCCCUCCCGCGUAUGGCUUCAUCCUGCCCUUGGCAGUGGGGUGCAAGCUGCCCCCUCUGAGCGGGUGGGGGUCCAGCCCAGACACACAGAGCCACUCUGUGCCCUCGCCAGCCCGCUGGGCAUGGGACACCUGGGCAGGCUCCGUCGCAGGCCGGCAGCUGGGGCUCUGUGGGGUCAGUGACCUGUCACACAGCUCCACCCGAGCUGGGGUAAAAUUCAACACCAGCCUGUUCAAAGGAGCUCUCUCCCCCAGGCCUCCCAGCCCCCCAGGGCUUUGAUGUGCUGAUGGUCCCUGUGAAGGUGCCACUUCACACCUCCGGCCUCAGCAUAAAGCCCGGGGCUGCGACGCUCUCCCCACACGCAGCCUGGGAAGCCCUGACGCCAUGGCCAGCUCUCCUGCCCAGCUCCUAGCCCCGGAUCUCCUGCUGCCCCCAGGCCAGGCCCUGCUGCAGGAGUGGGGCAGGGCCCAGCCCAGCACGGAGGGGUACAGCAGCUGCUCGCCAACGCCCUCCACCGACUCCUGCGGCCUCUCGCCCCUCUACCCCCUCUGCCCAGCUCCCCAGGAGCCCUGCAGCAGCUGCCCUGCAGCCCCGAGCCUGGUGCUGACGCCAAGACGCAGGGCUGGCACGUGCCCAGCCUACGGGAGCAGGAAGGGCAGCCGGGGCAGGGCAGGCGGCGGGCAGAGGCAGAGCGCCAGCGAGCGGGAAAAGCUGCGCAUGAGGAACCUGUCCAAGGCUCUCCACACCCUGCGACGCUACCUGCCCCCCUCGGUGGCACCGGCCGGCCAGAGCCUGACCAAGAUCGAGACCCUGCGCCUUGCCAUCCGCUACAUCUCCCACCUGUCGGAGCUGCUGGGGCUCAACGAGGAGACGCUGGCCCAGAGGAGAGGGGGCCCACGCCGGCACUGCCCCCUCUGCCCCGAGGGGCUGGGUUGCUGCCAGGCCAGGACCCCUGGCCUCCGGCUGUUCCUGUUCCACACAGUCACCAUCCGCUCCCCGCAGACCUUCACCCAGUGCACCACGUGGGGCAGCUUCCCCCGGCGCUGGCACGAGACGGCCUACAACAUGCUGGGCUUCGCCUGCCUCUUCCUCCUGCCGCUGCUCAUCAUGGUCUCCUGCUACUCCCGCAUCCUGCUGGAGAUCUCCCGGCGCAUGGGCACCGGCCUCUUCUCCAAGGAGGUGGCCCUGCGCCGCUCCACCAGCAACAUCCCACGGGCGCGGCUGCGUGUGCUGAAGCUGAGCCUGGUCAUCGUCAGCUCCUUCAUCGUGUGCUGGACGCCCUACUACCUGCUGGGCCUGUGGUACUGGUUCUGCCCCCGCGCCAUGGAGGAGACCGUCUCCCAGUCCCUCACCCACGUCCUCUUCAUCUUCGGCCUCCUCAACGCCUGCCUGGACCCCCUCACCUACGGCCUCUUCACCAUCCCCUUCCGCAGGGGGUUGGGGCACUGCUGCUGGGGGGGGCACGGAGCGGGGCCUGAGCCCUGUUCCCCGGCAACUGGAUCCUCCCGCUGCUCCGCCACCUCCUUGCACACCAAGCGGAGCACCAUGACCACCCCAGCGCACGAGACGCCCGGAGCCCAGAGCCGACUGGGCAAUGGGACCGGCAGCGUCGACAGCAGCUACCUGUGAGGCCAGAGCCUGGCUGGGGCCCUGGGUAAAGCCCCGUGCCCGGAUGGGCCGGGUUGGUGGGCCCUGACCUUGUGCCCAGCUCGGCCUGGGGCCGUGAGGGGUCAGUGUGCUGCUGGAGGAGACGGGCCCCUGGGGCUGACACUGAGGGGCAGGGCCAGCCAGGCAUCUCCUUCUGCCCCUGGGCUUCUCAUGCUCCCCACCGGACAUCAGGAGUGGUGGAGC